UGUACAAACAGGGAGAUGGUGAGAGUUUUUACCAAACCUCCCAUUUGGUUUAUCCCCUAAGUUUCCUUUUUAUCACUUCACUUCAGCACUUGUUUAACGAUUAAGGCACAAAGUUCCAGUCUUUCCACUCUCUCUCUCUCUUUCUCUCUCUGGGCUACCGAACUGGCAGAACGCAAGAGCUCCCUUUAGGAGGAACCGAUUAUCCAGAAGCUUCAGAUCAAACGGAGAACGGGGACUGAUCCACAAUCAAUCGACACUAAAUGGGAUCUGGAGCGGGCAGUUUUUUCAAGGUCAUCCUUAAAAACUUCGAUGUUCUUGCCGGGCCUCUUGUGAGUCUUGUUUAUCCUCUAUAUGCAUCGGUUAGAGCCAUAGAAACAAAGUCUCCUGUGGAUGAUCAGCAAUGGCUUACUUACUGGAUUCUAUAUUCUAUGCUCACCCUCUUUGAGCUUACAUUUGCAAAAGUUCUCGAAUGGAUCCCUAUCUGGCCAUAUGCAAAGUUGAUUUUGUCAUGCUGGUUGGUCAUUCCAUACUUCAGUGGUGCUGCAUAUGUGUACGAGCAUUUUGUGAGGCCUCUAUUCGUCAACAAACAGACAGUUAACAUUUGGUAUGUUCCAAAGAUGAAAGACUUCUUUAGCAAGCCCGACGACAUCCUAACCGCUGCAGAGAAGUACAUUGCAGAAAAUGGGACUCAAGACCUACAAAAUAUCAUCAACAGGGCUGACAAGGCUCGGACAAGUAAUCCUUACAUGAGCUAUUCUGAGAACCACGACUAUGACGACAACCGCAACCACAAUUACUGGGACUAGUCUAUAUCAGGUGUUGGAGGACAAGAGAGGAUAAUGUUUUGGCUGUUGGUUGAUGUUGUGAGAUAGUGUUUAUUUAUAUGUUUUGUAUUGUUCAUUUGAAACUCUAGGCACUCUGUAAGUGUUAGAUAUUACUUACUAAGUAGUUGGGCUAAUAUUAUGAUGGCUUCUUAAUCUUUGAUGUCUUGUUUGUUCUUCCCCUCACAUUUGAAUCUUGACUUAACUUGGUUGAAGAAUAAAAGUCUUAAGCUAGUUUGUUGUGCUUUCUCAGGAA